AUUGCCUUCCUCAUCCGCGCAGACUGGUGUUACGUGGGGCCGUGCGUUGUCAUGAAGAAGAAAAACCUUAUUCAGAUUUUUGUCAGGUCAAAUUCUACAGAUGAGUGACGAUGAGCUAAAGAAAAGUUGAUUGAGAGUCCUCAAGAAUAAAAGCAAAGACUUUUACCGCACGAGUAUACUGCACGUCUUAUUUCACAGAUGAUAAAAAUGUAUAUAAAGAGAUGAUUAUAUUAUGUGGAAAAAUAAUAAAUGUACACCAUAAAGAUGUAAGAUUAAACUCAUGUAAACACCAAAGUUCCAAGAAUAACAUUUUCUGAGAAAAAAAAUUAGGAGGCAUUACUUUCGUAUUGACCCUCGUAUCUUCCAUAUUUUUCGAGAUAUUUGCCUGCAUCAAUUAAAAUAACUUACCCUGUAUAUUAGAUGUGCAAAUUAAUUUGGUGCCUUUUUUUACAAAAAUCAAAAUUUGUUUACAAAAAAUCAAAUGCAAGAGUUUGAUGGAAUAAUCUCCACUAUUUUCUAUACAUGACUUUACCCCAUUUAUAUCGAACAUUUGACGAAUAUCUUGGCGGAAGAAAAUUAUCGAUAAAGUCUUCAAGACUUUUUCGGACUUCUUCAACUAUCUUGAAACAUGUAUCAGGUGAUGUUGAAGCGAUCGAAAUAGUUGAUAAUCCGACAGGGCUAAGUCUGGUGAAUGAUUCGAGAUGAGGGAGAAUUUCCCAGUCCGAAGCAUAGACGAUUCUUUUGCAAGCGAGUUGGAAAACAGGGUGGUUAGCAUUGCAUGGUCGCCAAACAAUUUAAAGUUAGCUGUGGCAUCUGCCGAUCGUUCUAUUUAUCUUUUCGAUGAGAAUGGUGCAAAACGCGAUAGAUUUUCCACUAAGCCCAUUGAUCCCAAGUUUGGAAAGAAGAGCUAUAUGGUGAAGGGAAUAGCCUUCUCCCCAGAGUCCACAAAGAUUGCAGUUGGCCAAACCGACUGCAUUGUAUACGUAUAUAAAAUAGGGGAAGAUUGGGGUGACAAAAAGGUGAUUUGCAACAAAUUCCGACAAAGUGCCGCGGUGACUUGCCUGAUCUGGCCAAUGGACGGUUCAAUCAUUACAGGAUUAGCAGAUGGGAAAGUCCGCGCGGCUCUGGUCAAGUCGCAGAAAGCGCAAACUUUAUAUACCUCUGACGCCAUGACGAUAGCUUUGGCUAGCAAGUAAAUUGACUUAUCGCUAUAUAUAUUUUGAGAUUUCAAUUAUGCACACCAGUAAUAAUUUACUUACAAGAGAACCUCGCAAACCCGAAAAUUCUGAUUUUGAUGAGACUUAACACACAUGUAGGGGAGAUAAAUAGAC